UGGUACAAAUACUUUUUGGCCAAGUAAACAAUCGGCUGCAGGUCUCGCUCGACGCGCACAAGGAACACCACAAACUUGUUUACUAAGAUUGACGAGUCUUAGGACAUCUCUCUUGUCAUCGGGUCUUCUACUUGACCUCCUCUCUCCUCACACUCGUUUCCCCCAAUCCGAAGUAUGAGACGAAAGGCCCAUUAAGGCGACCAUGGUUCGCGUCACCGAGGAGCUGGCUCUAUCGCCAGACCAUCUCACUCUUUAUCAAGCUACCGACCCUUUGCUCGGCCACCUUCCUCUGCUAAUACUACACGGUCCGUCCACCACUGCGAAUUACACAUUAAACAGUUCGAGAGUGCAGGUCCACGUAUAUACCCCGGCUGGUUUCCAAUCAUUCCCCCGACUCACUAUCUCUCCGAACUCGCCCUUCUACAAUGUCGUUAAUUACCUGCCUCGCGAGUUCCAAGGUGACGAGGUAUAUCGAGCGUUGGCUUUUGGUCUAUUCAAGUAUUUCCGCGAGCUACCUGAACAUGUGAAGACCCAUGUUAGAAAUCAAUACCCCUCUAUGAGAAGUCGUCGACCGGGCUCGGCACCUACGCUUUUUGGCGAAGAACACGCUGCCGAUAUCGCUAAGUCGAUGGUCAAGGCAGAUAAUACACCCGAUACCAUCCAAAGGCUCCAGAUCGCCCUUCAGACGCAACAUAUAAGUAAUAUUGACAUCGACCUUGUGUUGCCUCCUGGGUCAAUUAUUCCAUUGCAACCUGCCGACUUUGAAGAUGUACCGGAAGACGAGGAUGAUAUUCUGGAUCCAACACUGCGGCAAUAUGGAAUGUAUACCCCUCUUGUCAAGCUCUUUGGCGAACCUUUAUUCCUACCAACCGCAAGACUACGACGAGCUCCUUCCAGACCGAGUGCGUUAAAUAGAACAAAGUCAUUUUCCAAGGAUCAGAAGGCUGAAUUACGGAGAACGAUGAAUGAAUUGGUGGAGACAGAGGAACGCUACGUGGUGAAGGUAGACGAAUUGGUGAAUCAUCUUGCGCCUGAAUAUAGACAAAAGGCGAAGGACCGCCAACCCGAUAGCUUCAGUCCAUCGGAGGAGGACGUCGAGAAACUGUUCCCUGGAUCGGCGAGUGAAAUUCUACAAAUAAACUCAGGUUUUAUGAAUGCACUGCAACAAAUAAUGGAAGACACUGAAGGUGAUGCGUUGAGAGAUAUGGAAUCCGGUGCCGCGUCUUCGAGAGUUGGAAUAUCAGGAAGUGUGAUGGGGAAGACAAAAGAUGCAAGCGGAGCUUUGGCGAUGGCAAAGAUUAUGUUGGAGUGGUUUCCGAAAUUCACCGAUUGUUAUCAGGACUACAUUCGAGCGAGCCAGAAUUUCCCUCAGCUGAUAACCUCCUUCAUUAGUCAACAGUCUAGCUUUUCGCAAAGACUAGCCCUCACUGGAGAGCAACAUCUUCGUUCCGCCGUCAUCGAGCCCGUGCAGCGCUUGCCGCGAUACAGCCUGGUGAUUGAUCAGAUUGUUAGCUGUUUACCCAUCACUCACCCUGCGCUUCAACCUAUGUUAAAAGCCAGGGACAUCAUCGCAAACAUCUGCUCUAUGGAUGACCCUCUCACCGACAAGCCUCAUGUGAACACACGGCUGAAACACAUGAUUGAGAAUUGGCCCGAUGACCUCGAACCUCACGGCCGUCUAAUUGUAGCUGCCGACUUCUCGGAGAUACCUGCCCCAUAUCAAGUUGGUCUACCCGCGGAGCCUGUCUCAGACGACCAAGCGGGCAUUUUCCUCCUUUUUUCAGACUGUAUCGUGAUCGUAAGAAAAAUCUACGGCACAAAUCCAACAGCUCGUGAUUUGUUGCGAGAGAUUGACAAACCAUCUCCUGCAGGCCUUUUAGCCUCGAUGACGAACAUGGCGAGUGGUCAGGGUUCCUACGAUCUUGCAUUUGCCGGCUGGCAUUCUCUAGCUGAUGUCCGUUUUACGGAAUCUUCCGAUGGGCGUAUGAUCUGGAUGACUUCGUCAAAUGAGAUGAAAGGCGCGCAUGCAAGCGAUUUUGUUUCAAACACGGCAGCCACUUCACGCUGCUUCGUACUACAGGAAUCGUACGAAGGCAAAGCAGGAAAAUGGAGCGAGGACGUCGUUAAAGCUAGGGUUGAGGGCCGGUUCGCAGAGAAGGAACGCGAAGACCCUUGCUGGACUUUAAGGUCUGCAAGGAUGCCUGAUACUGGAUUAGGAUUAUUCGCUGCCGUCUUUCAAGAAGGGCUCGACCAACUAGUCGAAGGCCGAAAGGAACCGGCCCCUAUCCGUAUCGUUAUAGACAACGAAAGAGGUACGAAAGGCGCACCCGUGGGUCACUACGGAGUAGAGAUAUGCUCAGAAGUAAAAACUGGAAGUAUGAAGAAGGUGACCGUCAUCACGAUAGGGCUCAAUGGGAAGAAGGCAGCCGAUGAGAUUGCGUUGGAGGAUUUCCUCCCAACACUUGCUAGGAGGAUCAUUCAGCUUCUCAGCACUCAAUUCAAUGUCGGAAAUCCGAAGCUUACCGCUGCAAUGGUAUCGUUUCAUACGAAGGUACUUAGAGGCCUAAGUGUCUCUAACAGAGCCGAGAAAACAAAGUCAUUCUUGGCUUCAUCGCCUGUCAAGUAUCUCUCUAGUAUCCUAGGCGGGGGCAGCACUUCAGAUUUAACUAGUAUCUCUAAACAUCAACGUAGCUUGACAGCAGAAAGUCCAGGCCUUCCCGGUCAGCUGAGUCGUUCGAAUAGCUCGAGAGAUGCAGUCUCGCUAUAUGGCUCAGCUAAAAGUAGAGAUGGCAUUCGAAUUGGCGGCAUGGACGACGAUAGACCGGAAAACCCAUUAGUUCGGCUUGAGCAAACUUUUACAGGCUAUAUGGCUAGUCUUCAAGCACGCAAGGGUUGCUUCAUCGGUCGUACCCUACUCAGCAGAUCUAAUGUUGACGAACUUUCUGUAAACGAUCUAUACAACAAACUCAACGAAAGCCCGUUCGAUAUCGAGGCAUCAGCUGAUCUUACCCCCGACGUCGUUUUUGCCGCCUUCGAGAAAUUUGUGCGCAUAGCGUGGAAGGAACAGAUUGGGCCUAUCAUGUCAUCCAAGGCUCUAGACGCCCUUCAAGAAAGAGCAUCCAAAAAAUUACCUGGGGAUUUUGCGGAUUUCGUCCAUUAUCUCUUCACAGAUAUGGCACCCCAGAAUCGAAGGGCAUUCACUGCUCUCAUCAAACUUCUAGCUGAUCUUCUCGAUGGCUGUGGGAAUGACAGUGACAGGGGAGCACUUACUCUAGCAUUUUCCGAACUUUUAGUUGACGAUGGGACCGCACAUAAUUAUAUUAACCUCCUCGAUAGGCUUGUAGAGGACUGCGACCGCAUAUUCGAGGACGGUUCAGGCGGGUUUAACGCGGGUGUGAACAAUAUCGUUUCUGCCUUCGAAUCGAUGAAUUCAACUACUCGUAGUGCGAAGUCGCAUUCGGGGUCGUUGACAUCGAACACAUCCUCCUUAAGAAGAAAGCUUGGGUUCGGCGACUUCUUAUCAAGACAAAAUAGCAAGAAUGAAGUGGAUAGUCGAUCAUCGGUAUGGCGUAGCUUGAGCAAGCAUAACAGACACCCAGCUACCGGCGAGAGUCUAGGUUCAGUGAGAUCCACCGUGGUCAGAACGAGAUCUGUUGACGUUGGUGUUCCUUCGAGUCCGAACAAACUAAGACGGCCCGGGUCGCGGGAAAGACCUCCUAUCGCCGGUGCUUUCGACGAUAACUAUUCACGGCCACCUAGCUCGCAUAAGCUCGAAACAAUCGGGGAGCCCGAGAUCGAAGAGGCCGUUACUAAGGCUCCGAGGAAGAAACGUCGAAGUUCAUUGUCGGACUUGAAGAGCCUCAUGGCUGCAGCGAGCCUGGAAGAUGAGCCUUUACAGCCUCUGUCUCAUAUGAAGCAGACUUCCGAGAAAUUUAAUUCGGGUCCGCGUGUCCCAGCUCCAUCUAGGAUCCCCACUAGCCCAGCCUCCCAAAACCUUUCCAACAACCUAACUCUCCGCUCAUCCCGACAGAAAGAAAAUGCCGACGAUGCGUUCCAGGUUCCUACACCAUUAAACGACCCUAAGAAGAGCCAUGCUAAGAUGCUAUCAACUUCUAAUAUUCCGACUCUAAAGGCAUCGAGAGAUAUUGGAAAUACGGCAACCGAAUCAAACCCUAGACCUACUUCUAGUCCAACUAAGUCGCCUGGGAAACUUCGAUUGCAGUCGACACAGAAGCUCCGCGAGCGCCUACAGACCGAGAAAAAAGCCGUCGAGGACGUCGACGCCAAUCUACAGUCAGAACUCUCCAAGAUCACCGCAGACAUGGCCAGGGUCAACUCGUCACUGCCCCGUAGUGCAACAGUCGAUAUUAAGAAGCUGUCGUCCAGCGUAAAGGCUCUAGAAGAUCGCAUACCACAGGUCAUCUCCGACCUAAAUGAGCGCCACGAUCAACUCCAGAAAGAGCUAGAAGGUACGCUCAAGGCAACCGAGACUAAAGUCAAGACGAUCGACCAGUUAUUCAAAGAAGCUACGGCCGAGAACGAGAUACUCUACGAAAAGUUCAAUAGCGAGCUCGGCAAGAUCGUCAAAGCGCUCAAAGGAAAAGGACGAGACGACAAAGAGGAAAUCAUGACGCGUAUGCGCGACUACAGCGAGGAGACCGCACGCGUCAAGAGAGAAAACGCCAAACUGCGCCGCGAGAUGGCCAGCCUGCGAACCCUAGUAAAGAGCAGCAACCAUAGCAGCAGCAACAGCAACGCCACCAAUACUGGCGACGCCUAGAAGGACGUCGCCCACGAGAAGACGAAGACGAACACACGAAUGAAGAGAAGGAAAACGAGAGGCGAUGACAAUCGGGAAACAAUAACUUCAUUAGGACGAAUGGUGUU